AUGACUGUUGACCUGACUAACGUAUUCCAACAAAUCGAUGGCGAUUUCGACAAUUUGAAGGAGCUUCUCCGUGAAGCCGUUGCAAUUCAAAGUGUGUCGGGAGACCCAUCAAAAAGAGAUGAGACAAUUCACAUGAUUCACUGGAUGAAAGAGAAGCUAGAGCAGAUUGGAACAACAUGUGAACUCGCCGAUUUGGGAAUCCAAGAGUUGGAAGGAAAGACUGUCAAGUUGCCGCCAGUUCUUUUGGGAACUCUUGGAACUGACAGCGCUAAAAAGACGCUUCUUGUCUAUGGACAUUUGGACGUUCAACCAGCUGCCAAAUCCGAUGGCUGGGACACUGAACCAUUUGAGCUCGUUGAGAAGGACGGAAAACUCUUCGGUCGUGGAUCUUCGGAUGACAAGGGGCCGGUGCUCUGUUGGCUUCAUGCGAUCCGUGCGGCGCAGAAAAAUAACAUCGAACUCCCUGUGAACAUCAAGUUCUGUUUCGAAGGAAUGGAGGAAUCUGGAUCCGUUGGUUUGCCAGAACUUUUAGAACGUGAGAAGGAUCGCUUCUUGGCUGGUGUGGAUUUCGUUUGCAUUUCUGACAGCUACUGGCUUGGCACCAAGAAGCCUUGUCUUACCUACGGACUCCGUGGUAUUUGCUCAUUUUUCGUCGAGGUCACCGGAAUUAAACAAGAUCUUCAUUCUGGAGUUUUCGGAGGCGUCAUCCAUGAGCCAUUACAAGAUCUGAUGUGGGUGAUGGCCCAAUUAACAACCGUGGAUAAUCGUAUUAGAAUUCCAGGUCUCUACGAUCAAGUUGCUCCACUCUCCGCUGCUGAGGAGAAGACAUACGAUGACAUCGAAUUCGAUGUUACCGAAUUCCGGGAGAGCGUUGGCGCUUCAAAACUUCCCACCGAAGACAAGAAGACGUUGUUGCUCCGUAGAUGGCGUGAGCCUUCUCUUGCUUUCCACGGAAUCGAGGGAGCCUUCUAUGGACCUGGAGAAAAGACAGUAAUCCCAUCGAAAGUCAUCGGAAAGUUCUCGAUUCGUAUUGUUCCUGACAUGGAUCCAGAGACUGUCAACCGUUUGACAGUUGAAUAUCUCAACAAGGUUUGGGCUGAACGUGGAUCUCCAAAUACCUUCAAGCCACGUCCAGGACAUAGUGCCAAGCCAUGGGUGGUUGAUGUGAACGACUCGAACUUCCUCGCCGGUGCUCGUGCUAUGAAGAGAGUUCAUGGCGUCGAGCCAGACAGAAUUCGUGAGGGAUGCUCGAUUCCAAUCACGCUGACAUUCCAAGAGCUCACUGGAAAGAGUGUUCUUCUCCUUCCCCUGGGAGCCGCUGAUGAUAUGGCUCAUUCGCAGAACGAGAAGAACAAUAAGUUGAACUAUGUGGAGGGAGUAAAGACGCUGUUGGCCUAUAUCAUGGAGCUGGGAAGUGCAUAA